AACGGUCUUUUCUCUUUGGAGACCAGAGAACCUCAACAAUUUAAGUAAUUUCAGGACUUGUUUUCACCUAAUUUCAUUUUAACUAUACAUAAUCGCAUAGUUAUGCGAUCUAUGCAUGUCAUGCAAUUUCUCGAAUUCGAUUCCGGUUAUGGUAUUCUUAAGUCCGUGAAGGCGUGGAUAUUGUGGAAUUACGUUUGUGUGGAGAAAUACUGGACUGGGAUAUAUCAAGGAUUCAGCAGCAUCUGAUGUGCUCUUUCGGAUUUGGGCCAUCUGUCACCUGUGAUUUGUUUUUAUCUCUGAAUGGCUGGUUUCAACGCACCAUUAGGAGACAAUCUGGUCAAAAAAGACGUACCACGUUUAACGCAGCAUUUUGCUGACGCCCAGAGGACCUGUGUCCAAAUAAGACUGUCAUCUGAACAGCGGCAGCAAUUAGCAAACUUAGAGCAACGGGUACGAAGCUACCAGGGAAGUGAUCCGCUGAGCGUUUGGUUGAAUUAUAUCGAGUGGAUUGAUAAGAAUUGUCCGGAUCGGGAUGACGCGAACGGAGCACUGUAUAACAAUCUGAAAAAUGUGUGCCGUAAAUUUUAUAGUGAAGGCAGAGAGACAAAGAAAUACUUCGAUGAUCCUCGUUAUGUUGGAUUGUGGAUGAAAUUUAUCAGUUUCACAAACGCCACUUCCACUCUGCAGUUCAUGUAUGAGCAUGGGAUUGGUACCACAUUUCCCGAAUUAUAUACAAAAUGGGCCGAAGAAUUAGAACUGACGAACGAUCUUCAAGAAGCCAGAAAAGUGUUGGAACGUGGCAUUGAAGCCUGCAGCAUCCAUCCGGCUAAAGCUUCGGUAGUUCAAGCUUGGUACAAGGAAUUCUUAUCUAGGCAUACAGCUGCAUUUCCUGAUUUAUCCGGAGAGAGAAUACUUAAAAUUAGCCGUGACAUUCAGUCCGAUACUUCACCGUGCUACAGUUUGGGAAGUCAGGGCAGUGACCAUGCGCGUUGUGAAUCCAACGAGCGAAAAGUGGAAGGUAUUCUGGAUAAUACAAGAGCGUCCAGAACAACAUUCGGCAGUGAUGCAUUGGAAUACCAACCAUCUGGCCGUUCGCUGGCUGAUUCGGCUUACGGAGCGUCGAUUUCCGAUAGAUUUACCGGUGACUCCCAUGUCACCAGUUCAAAGCCAAAAAAACCUCGGGAUUCUUUGUGCAUAAAGCGAUAUGAAGGGCUUCAUGUCGCACGCCUUUCUGCAUUAGGAGCAUCAGUCCCCAUGGAAGAGUCCACUGAAGAAGAAGAAUCGGUUUCUGAAGCCACUCCUGGUUCGGAAAAAGCACAUGUUGUCGAUACUACUGAUUCUGAGUGGUCGAAUCUCCUUUAUGCCGAUCCAAGCCGGAAUAAGGGCCCCACCGCAGCAACGGUCAAAGAAAUCUGCCCUGGUCCUCCCGAUGGAAGUGCUUUUAUGUGGAAUCAUUGCAUUUUCUCUUCCGGAAACGACGAUGAGCGGUCAUUUGAAGAAAAUCUGGCUGAUAUAUACAGGAAGAGCGCCGAAUCAAGAAAAAAAACAUUGUUGGAAGAACUGAAUGAUUUACGGAAGAAAGCGUCAGAAGCGGGGAUAUUUGAACGUUCGUUUCGAGAAAUGACCGACAAGUGUGAGAAGGCUGAAGUCAGACUGCGAGCAGCUGAAAAUCAAAGACGGCUAUUGGAAGAUCACUGUCGUAAAACGGAAAGUCAGCUUCAUACCACGGAAUAUCAACUGAAAUUAGCCACUGAAAGAAAGCGCUCUUUGGAGGACAUGUUGUAUCGCUCGGAACAGAUAAUCGUUUAUUUGGAGAAGCUCUUGCACAACCUUCACGGAUGUUUAGCACAAAUGCGUAAAGAUAUCAACAAUGACGACAUCAAUGUUAACGAUGUCAUUUUAAACCUGUGCAAAAAUCUUCAGCAUAAACUUGAUACCGUUUCCACAGACCAGACUACCGGGGAACUCAUUGUUCUCGAAAUCAUUCGUUCGGUAGUUUCGGAUUUGUCCCAUGCGUCGGAAGAUCGUAAAUUACGCCAUUCUGUCGCUGUCAUCCCACAGCCUAAUCGUUUGCAGACAGUGACGGAAAAAAACGAAGUGGGUUGGGAGAGCGAGCUCACUGAAAGCGAACUUGCAUCCAAAGAAAAUAUCGUUCGUAGCAGUAUUUCGUCCUCUUCAUCCGUCAACCAUCAGCGGAAUUCCGCUGAGCAAAGUAAUCCCUACAUCCGAGCGAUGUGGAAUCAAACCCUGAACACUACAUCGGCUCGCGAUGCCUUUCCAAGGCUCUCCGAUACUCAGCCGGACGUUAUUGUGCAUCAGGAGACUGUUAGCAGUGUCACUGUCAUGGCUCGGAGUGUUUCCGAGGUGGAUGGAAUGGUGACUGCUUUACCGAUUCGCCAGUCCUUAGCGCCAAGAAAAUCAGCAAAGGUUAUGCACACUAGCGCUUUUCAAGACCCAGAAAAUGUCCCGGUUGUGCGCAGCGAAGUGCUGCCCAAAGCGGAUUUUUCCAUCUUCCGGGAUUCCUCCAGUGACCCACCGAUGAUUCCCCGGGUAGAAGGGAAGAGUAGCGAGAAUGCCGACCAGCCGGCUGAUGAUGAUCGUGAAAACACGCCGCCAAUUGAGUCGGGUCCGCUUGUUGCUUCACCUCGCCAUGUGGCUGGUGUUUUAAAUGAUUCGCUGGAACAUCCAGGCAUUCCACCAGACAGACUCGCUGACAAGGAUUUCAUUGAGGUCAUCGAUUCCGAUUCAGAGAAAGAAGCUGAGAUCGUUCCGGAGAAACCAGUUGGCAUUUCUCCGGAACCGCAGACCCUUACGGUUGGCAAAACCGGCCCGAGAAAAAGUAUCAUUACGGGAUUUAUAGCGGAUGCCAGCACAGAGUUCGAUUCAACUUUCAGUGGGAGAAAAAGCAUUGGAUUUACCGAUCAGACUUUACCUUAUAUCCCGCAAAGCGAAGCGGAGUUCUUCCGCAAUAUUGACCACCAGAAACGAAUGGCUUCCACACCACUCGUUACCACAAUAACGGAAGAGGGUCAAAAGCACCGCCUUCAGCCACGGCUGUCGUAUCUACCACCGAAAAAGCCGUGAAAUUUUGUUAUGUUAUUGUUGCUGGCGUCUUCAAGUAUUUUCUGCUGAUCAGCAUAUCUGAACGGUUUUCGAAGUUUUAUGGUGACGUUCUGAAAUUUCUCAUCUUUUCUCUCGAGUUUCGGUUACGUUUUAAUAGUGUCUAUAUUUAAAUUUACAUACUGUAAUGUGUUGAAUAUUUUAAUUGCUCG